AUGAAAACUCUCCAGAUUCCUAAUUCUCUGGUGUCAGUUUGUGAUGCCGUUACACUGAUAUCUUUUUCAGUUCCAGGGAUAGUUGGAGACUACAAAUAUGAGGUUGACAUUACAAUUAAACCAGGAAUUAAAAUCCAGUUGGCUAGUAUUACUUACGAACCUCUGAGAACGGGUCCUACAUUGUGGGAAAUCGGCAUUCCUGAUUGCACAGCUGCGGAGUUCUACAUACCGGAUCCAUAUCCAACUCUCAUGAACAAGUUGUACAAGGGGAGUCGGUUGGACAAGUUUAGGCAAUACGGGUUGUGGUCACGUUAUUAUGAGCAUUACCCUAACAAUGACCUCAUCUACCUUGUUGGUGCUAACAAUUACCGUGAGGAUUGGUUUUAUGCUCAAGUGACUAGAAGUGUAGGAAAUGGCCGGUAUGAAGGAACUACAUGGCGGAUACAGUUUGAACUCAACAAUGUGGUCAAUCCCGGAAACUAUACACUUCAACUGGCCUUGGCAUCAGCCACUUAUGCAGAAUUGCAAGUUCGGGUUAACAAUUUGAAUGCCGUGCCACCUCUUUUUUCGACAGGGCUAAUAGGCGAUGACAAUGCUAUAGCAAGACUUGGAAUUCAUGGCUUAUACUGGUUAUGGAGUAUUGAUGUACCGAGCACUCUACUACGCGAAGGAAGCAACACCAUCUAUCUUACUCAGUCCAGAGAUGGCAAUUCACCUUUCCAAGGAGUCAUGUAUGAUUAUAUAAGACUAGAAGGACCUUCUGAGAAACCAUAA